UUCAACCAAUGUACCUAUGCACUGGGACACAUAAGGUGAGCGGCUUUUCUAAAAUGACGCAUUUCACCGAGUCUGUGGUCUGCAGGCAAGCCGUCUACUUGUGUCUUACAUGUCCAGAAGCACGAGGGAUCUGUUCUGCGUGUUCCAUCGCCUGCCACACCGAGCACAACCAAGUAGAGCUGUAAGCUUUCUCCCCGUCUCACUCGAUUUAAGGCUCAGAAUGCUCUGUUUAAAACAGCUUUCCGAAACGCAACUUCCGCUGCGACUGCCCUACUGAAGCCAUUGCGCACGCAUGCACUCUCCAUCACACGAGUCCCCAACCCGAACCCGUCAACGCCCUUAACACGUACGGCCAGAACUUCCAGAACCAGUUCUGCCGCUGCGGACGACCCUACGACGCGAAAACGGAACGCGAGCCGAUGAUCCAAUGCCUGUCGUGCGAGGAUUGGUUUCACGAGUCCUGUUGCAUGUUGCGCACGCGCCCCGACGAUGAGACCCCGCCUGAGCCCGAACCCGAACCUGGAACUGCAGCGUCAGAGGCAGAAGUAGAGCGUGCAGGGAUUGCCGAAACUGAUGACGCGGCAUCGGAGGCCUCCUCGUCUGGCCUUCCUCCGCCCCUUAUCACCGCUUCAGAUUACGAAUCCUUCGUGUGUCGGACGUGCGUCUCGAGGAUCCCUGCCCUGAAACUGAUCGUCGGAACACCGGGGGCGAUCGCCGUGGUGCGUGACUCCCCUGAGGCGUCGUGGAGAAAGCUGGGUGUUCCAGACGACGACGCGGCCGCCGUGUCGAAUCCGGCGAAGCGGGCUGCUGGGGAGGAAGAGGGCGAAAAGGUCAUCAAACGGGCUCGAGCCGAUUCAUCUGGAGCGAGCUCCUCGACGACGACCACAGCGACAGUUUGCCGGGCACCACAGACCGAGCUGGAUGUUGACGACCCAGCUCUGUGCUCUGGCGACGUGUUUCUCACUGAUGGAUUUCGCGAGCGAUGGUGUCGCUGUGACUCGUGUCUACCUUCUCUAGAGGCCAAUCAGUACCUACUCGAAGAAGAAGAGACCUACGAACCACCCGAAGACCCCGACUCGGGUCUCUCUCUCGACGAAUUAGGGAUGCGAGCCCUCGAAAGGCUCCCUCGAGAACGUGCGAUUGACGGCAUACUUGCAUUCAACAAAAUGCGGGACGAUCUCAAAACGUAUCUGAAGCCGUUUGCGGAGGAAGGGAAAAUCGUUGCACAGGAGGACGUGCAGAGUUUCUUUGAACGGCUGAAGAAUGAGUUCUAAGAUGGGAAUGUAUGCUAUCAUCUUGCUAUCGUACUGCUUGACAUGGAUGUUCAUCAUUCUCUCUGAGGAGUACAUCUCGGAUGACCAACCCGAUAGGCCGGUCCCCGAACAAUCUGUAAGCAGACUGCGAUCUGUUGGGGGAUCUGUACCUACCCCGCACCCCCCACUACAAAGGGGGAAGACACCGGGCGCGCCCACUCUCACUCUACCAUGGCUUCUCCUCUCGUCUGGUUCAUAACAGGCACGUCCACGGGACUCGGCAAGACGCUCGUCUCCACCGUCCUCGCACGCGGAGACUUGGUCAUCGCGACCGCGCGCACCCUGAGCGACAUCGACACGGUGUGGGCCGGCAACCCGAACGUCCGAACGCGUCAAUUGGAUGUGACCUCCGGCCCGGCGGCGAUCAAAGCCGUUGUCGAUGAAGCGGCGGGAUUCUGGGGCCGGCUAGAUGUCGUGGUGAACAACGCCGGGGCCGGGUUGCCCGGGCUGCUCGAAGAGGGAGGCACGGAGGUCCUGCGCAGACAAUUCGAGAUUAACCUGUUCGGCCCGUUCGACGUGCUUGUCGCUUGUCUGCCGCAUCUGCGGAAACGGAAAUCGGGCACGGUGGUGAUCGUGGGCAGUCGCUCGGCAUGGAAGACUGAGCUCGUGGGUCUCGGUCAAUACUCGGCGUCUAAAGCUGCCGUCCACUCGAUCGCGGAAACGCUCGCAGCUGAAAUCGCACCGCUCGGUAUCCGCGUCCUGCUCGUCGAGCCAGGCGCGUUCAACAACGGCAUGUAUCGCAACCCGUAUUUCACAGAGAACCCUAUUUCCGACUACGACACCAUGCGCCAGACCAGCAUCGCGCGUUUCGCGGCGGUCCCGGGCACGGAGAAAGGCGACCGUGUCAAAGCAAUGGAGCUUCUCGCGGACGUCGUCCGGGGAGAGGGGAAAGCUGCGGGGAGGCCGUGGCCCGGGAGAUUGCCUCUGGGCGAGGACGCAGAGAGGGACAUGCGGAUCAAGUGCAAGCGAGUUGUGGAUGGGCUGGAUCAGUGGACGGAUCUGAUCAGCAAUGUCAAUCUGGAUUCUGUUCAGGAGUCGUAGUACAAAUGGGGGGCCUACUUUUACACGUUCAGAAUGAGAAAUUUAAAGAUGUAUACAUAGACAAAUGCACGGUGGACUCAGCAGUCCUCGUCGGCUUCCUCGACCGUAGUUCCCGGGAAGCCCCACUUGGAGGCAGCAUUCAGGUCGCGUUGAAUCUCAGCAUCAAUGCUGGCACGUGGCCUGAAGCUUUCUCUUCUUGCUCGAGCAGCUUUGGUUGCCAAUACAGCAGGGUUGUAGGCGGCCUGGCUGUCACUCGCAUAACGCCCAGCGCUAGCGUAGGAAGCCGAGGAGGAAGUAGACACAUUCAGAGACGUGCUUCGGCCAAAGCCAGUGGUUGGUUGCCGGCCAUGCCCCAGUGCCUGGUACUGUGCGUGCAUCCCAGCACCCGGCUUCGCGAUCCCCGUUGGCGGGCCAGUGCUCCGACCCGCUGAUCUGCUUGUCGGGAUCUUCGUCGGCGAGGUUGAUCGGUUGUUGUUCAGCCCACGAUGCGCGCCGAGCACAGUUGGCGGCUUAUAUCCAGGCGUCACUUCCGUCCGCUGGCGCUUACUGGGAAGCGAGUUGCCACUUGCUGGAGCAUGUCGGACCGCGGGGGUGACGACGCCACCGGAUUUCGGAGCAUAUGAGUGCGUUGGUGUGGUGGCUCUGGCUGGAACACUCGUAGCUCGCAUUCCGGGCGAUGGCUUACGUCUUCCGGGGCCAACGUUCUCCUGGUCCGAUGCACCGACCCGUUGCAUGAGGAUUUGCAAAAUGCUUUGGCCAUGUACAAGGAACGGUCGGUCGUUUUCCUCUUCCCAGGAGGGCACACUCGCCAUGAGAUCCUGUUCAAGCUAUGGGGGCACAUCUCAGUACGGUCCGACCAAUCUCACAUAUCAAACACUCACUCUCGGCUUUUCCUUGGACACGCGUUUGCGCAUCUUCUCCUCGCGAAGAAGCCGUCCAGGAUCUCGGGCACCGCGACCCAGCAGUCGGCUCUGAUCCGAAGCCGAUGCAGCCAACUCUUUUUCCUCUUCGCAAAUAUCAAAGUAUCGCCGGAUACUCGCAAGAAGAGGUGCCUUGAUUCGUUUCUCCUCUUUCAGUCGACGGAUCUCAUCUUCGUGUACCGUGAGAAGAUCUUCCGUGUGCUCAUCUACAGACGGAUGAGCGAUAGCUCAAGAAAGCGACAUGACACAUACCGUCGUAGAAUGGAUGCCAAUCGCUGCGUUCAGCCUCGCCUACCAUGAGUUCAUCCCAGAGUUUCUCAACUUCUUCGCGCGCGCUGAGCACAAAUGUGCCCAUGCGGUCACGCUUGAGUUCGAGCAUGCGCUCGAGUUCCUCCUCGUACUCCAGCACGGUAUCUUCGGUACUGCCCCGAUGAUGCUCGACGAAGGCAUCCAUGUCCGACUCGGCGAUGCCCAGGCGCUUCCAGAGCCCCUCCAACUGAUCAUACAUGGCCUGGAUGUGUGCUUCCCGGCGCCGUUUCGUGUCUUCCAGCGAGGCCCG